AUGGUUCACACUGUGUGGGACGAACUAGCCGGGACGGGCGCACAGCCUCAAGCGGCGAAAAAAGAUACAAUUGACGUCGUUGAUGUGAAUGCCUCGUGCGCAAUGGUCAUGGAGGCGCUGUAUGGCUCCGUAUCCCAGCCUGCUAUCGCGGCUGCUUGGGGGGGUAAAACUGUCAGCGCUGGACCAGCCCGGCUUCGAGAUGAGCUUAGUUAG